AGCCGGGUGACGCCACGGGGCCGUCGGGCAGGGGCGGCCGCGCGGGCGGGAUGGCGGCGGCGGGAGCGGGGGCCCCGGGCGCGGGGGGCGGCGGGGCGCGCGAGGGCGCGCGCGUGGCGGCGCUCUGCCUGCUGUGGUACGCGCUGAGCGCGGGCGGCAACGUGGUCAACAAGGUGAUCCUGAGCGCCUUCCCGUUCCCGGUGACCGUGUCGCUCUGCCACAUCCUGGCGCUGUGCGCGGGGCUGCCGCCGCUGCUGCGCGCCUGGCGGGUGCCACCCGCGCCGCCCGUCUCGGGCCCGACGCCCGCCGCCGGUCCGCAGCUGCCUCCGCGCUUCUACCCGCGCUACGUGCUGCCGCUCGCCUUCGGCAAGUACUUCGCCUCCGUGUCGGCGCACGUCAGCAUCUGGAAGGUGCCGGUGUCUUACGCGCAUACGGUCAAGGCCACCAUGCCUAUCUGGGUGGUCCUGUUGUCCCGGGUGAUCUUGAAGGAGAAACAGAGCACAAAGGUCUACCUGUCACUGAUACCCAUCAUCAGUGGCGUCCUGCUGGCCACCGUCACCGAGCUGUCCUUUGACGUGUGGGGGCUUGUCAGCGCCCUGGCGGCCACGCUCUGCUUCUCGCUGCAGAACAUCUUCUCCAAGAAGGUGCUCCGAGACUCGCGGAUCCAUCACUUGCGCCUGCUCAGCAUCCUGGGCUGCCACGCCAUUUUCUUCAUGAUCCCCACAUGGGUGCUGGUGGACCUGUCGGCCUUCCUCAUCAACAGCGACCUGGCCUCGGUGGCGCCGUGGCCCUGGACGCUGCUGCUGCUGGCCGUGAGCGGCUUCUGCAACCUGGCCCAGAAUGUCAUUGCCUUCAGCAUACUCAACCUGGUGAGCCCGCUGAGCUACUCGGUGGCCAACGCUACGAAGCGCAUCCUGGUCAUCACCGUGUCCCUCAUCCUGCUGCGCAACCCGGUCACCAGCACCAACGUCCUGGGCAUGCUCACGGCCAUCCUGGGGGUCUUCCUGUACAACAAGACCAAAUAUGACGCCAACCAGCAGGCCCGGAAGCACCUGCUCCCAGUCACGGCAGCCGACACAGCCAGCAAGGAGCGGCAGCCCAACGGCCUCCUCUUCCCGCCGCCCGGGGACUAUCCAUACGGCCGCGAGCACCUGCAGUACAGCCGGACCGGUCACCCUGGCUCCUAUACCUUGAACCGCUUCGAUGUGUAGGCAGCGGGCCACCCGCAGCGGAGGACGCCCCCACCAGGCACGGGGACACGAGGACACACCCCUCCCUGGAGUCUUACACAGGGUCCUGGUCCCCCAGGCCUGGUGCCCCAGUGCUGUUCUGGUUCUCGGUGGGCCGCCAUAGGGAGCUCUCCUGGCACCCUUGGGGCGGUCUGCCACUUCUGAGAGGACUUUCCUUUGCACUUUUCUGGAAUGUUCUGUGGCUGGGUCCCUGGCGAGCCCACCGGGUCUGGAGGCCGCAG